AUGUCCACCAAAUCCACCAUCCUCAUCUACACGGGCUCCCCCCUCGACUACCCGGAAUACCGACACACCGCGCUCCACUUCACCUUCGCGACCGGCGCCACCAGCACGAUGCACGUCGUCGGCACGCAGGGGCUCUUCAUCUUCCAGGAAGACGUGGAUAUAGAUCCGCAUGAGUUUGGGAGCGAGCUGGCGAAGACGGUCCCCGUGGGCGACAUCGAUGGGGACGUGAGUCCCGAGACGAUUCGGCGGGCAGUGUCGGCGACGCCGGUGCGGAAUGGGAGGCAGGAUCUGGAUUGGAAUUGUCAGAAUUGGGUGGGCGAUGCGUUGACGAUGUUGGUGGAGAGGGGGGUUUUGACGGUGGGGACGAGGGAGAGAGCGGUGGAUGCGAUGGUGGAGGGGUGUUUGGAGGCGAAGGAUCAGUGA